AUGAGUUUACCAUUACCUUAUUAUACCGAUGAUAAACAUUCUUUCGCUUAUCCUACUGUUCAUGAACGUUGGCCAAAGAUAAUAAAAGGUGCAAUUGACGAUGUUGAAUCAGAAAUAAACAAGUAUUCAAGUUUAAAAUCUACCGGUGAUGAAAUUUUAGCUAAUUUACGUUCCAUACUAGAUGAUUUUAAAAAUGAUGCUACUGUUAGAGAGUUCACUGAUUCUGAAAUUAAAUUAAAUCCACAUUUGAGUCAUUUUAAUAAAAGCUUACAAGAUUAUAAUUUAAUUAAACCGGUUAGUUGGCAACAUGGACCCUGGAUAUUUCUUGAAUGUUAUUUAUAUCAAUACAUAAACAAUUAUUUCAUUUCAAAACCAGAAUGGAAACAAUUUGAUAUAUUCCAUAAUUUAAAAACUAAAACAUUUAAACAAUCAGAGUUAGGUGUUUUGGAAUUGUGUAAACGAUAUGAAACUUUAUCUCAACAAAUUGAAAAAGCAAACGAAGAAGACUUGCACUUGUUGUUUAAAGAAUUUAUUGAUAUUUCACUAUGGGGUAAUGCUACCGAUUUAAGUUUAUUAGCUGGUAAUGUAACAUUAGAAGAUAUUAAAUCAGUUCAAGGUGCCCAAGUAAGAAAGAAAAAUGAAGAGAAAAUAAUUGUAAAUGAUUUAGACAAAGCAUGGAAUGAAUUAAAAUUAGGUGAUGGUGUAGAUAGAUAUGAUAUUGUCCUUGAUAAUUCUGGAUUUGAAUUAUUUGCAGACUUAAUAUUAAGUUUAUUUUUAUUAGAUUCAAAAUUAACUAAAGAGAUUCAUUUACAUUGUAAAGAAAUUCCAUGGUUUGUAUCAGAUACAAUGCCAAAGGAUUUCAAUGAUUUACUUAAACAAUUAAAAGAUGAGUCAUUUUUCAAUGAAAUUUAUCAAAAAGAUAGAGAAGCAAUUCAAGUAGUUGCUUCAAAGAUAGAAAGUUACCAUAAAAGUGGUCAAAUUAUAAUCCAAUCCGAUCCAUUUUGGACAUUAGACUAUAAUUACUGGUUUAUUCCAAAUUUUAAAGAUUUAUACAAAAAUUUACAAAAUUCAAAUUUAAUUAUAUUUAAAGGAGAUUUAAACUAUAGAAAAUUAACAGGAGAUUUACAAUGGAAUAAAACAACAAGUUUCAAAACUGCAAUACAAGAUUUAGCAACCACAAAUUUACCAAUCCUUUCAUUAAGAACAUGUAAAGCAGAUGUAGUAGUUGGAUUACCCCAAGGUCUAAAUGAAAAAUUAAUUAAAGAAUACGAAUCAAUGGGUGAAAAUGGUGAAUUUUGGAGUAGUUCUGGAAAAUGGGCCGUAAUUAGUUAUAAUAAACAUUAA